UUAUGGCCAACUUGAUGUCAAAGGUUAAUUUUUAAGCUUCUCUGGAAUACCAGCCAGUUCUACUAUAGAUUAUUAUAAACUUUGUGAAAGGCUCUCUUCAUUUGUCUACAUAAUCAUUCUUUUGUCUGUUUUUGUUUGGAGACACCAUUUUGUGAAAUGAUCAGUGUUGCAGAAGCUGGGUUUUGCAGAAGUUUUCUUUAAGCAACACAUGAUCUGUUUUUUUGUAUUUUACAUGUUUAAAUAAAACAUCAGAAGAAACUUAAUCUGUUCAGAGGAAAAAUGAGUCAACCAAAGAAUAAGAAGUUUCAGUAUUCUCCCAGCAAUGUUAAAGAUGCUCUAAAGGCUAUUGAUGAGGGAAUGAAGGUUGCUACUGCAAACAAGUUGUACAAAGUUCCAAGGACAACAUUAAGAAACAAAAUUUCUGGUGUAUCUCCAAAAGAAUCUACAGGGCACUGUGGUCCACUUUCUGUCUUAGGAGAACAAAUUGAAAAAAAAUUGGUGGACUGGGUUUUGGACUGUUCUAGCAUGGGAUUUCCAGUUACUAAAGAAAAUCUCUGUGCAUCUGUGCACAAACUUAUUGAGAAUGCAGAUAUGGAAAGUUGUAAGGCUACAUUUACUAACAAUCGACCUGGAAAAAAGUGGUAUUAUGGAUUUCUUAAGAGGCACAAGGUUCUGUCACAAAAACAUGCAGAAUAUGUCAAUAGGUCUAGAGGUUCUGUUACAGAAGAGAAAAUAAGAAACUGGUUUCAGAAGUAUCCAUCACUUUAAAUGAUAUGGAUGUGUUAAAUGACCCAAAUAGAAUUUUUAAUAUGGAUGAAACUUCUUUUUUUCUGGCUCCUAAAGGAGAAUUAAUCAUAGGUCCUCGUGGCCAUCAUGUUUAUGAAGAGUCGUGUAACUCUGACAAAGAUAACGUUACUACAUUGUUUGCAGUGAAUGCUGCUGGAAAAGUUGCUCCUCCCUUAACACUGUUCAAAUAUGCAAGGAUUCCAGCAUCAUUGGUGAAAGCAGCUCCUCCAAACUGGGGCAUUGGAAAAACAGAAAAUAGGUGGAUGACAGGUGAAAGUUUUUUUGAGUAUAUAACAAAUGUAUUUGAUCCGUUCUUGAAAGAAGCUGAAAUUCCCCGGCCUGUAGUAAUAUUU